GUCGCGCGGAUUCCCCGGCAACGCUCGCUGCUCUCCCGCUUCUUUACCCCCGCCCCUCCCCUCGCGCGGUUUCCCCGGCAACGCUCGCUGCUAUCCCGCUGCCGCGUGCCGGGGAUGUUAGUGUCCCGGGCGACCGAGUGAUUAAUUGAAGGGGGACGAAGGGAAGACGUGAGGGGGAAAAAAUAAGCAUGGAGGCGGUGGAGUUGGUGGCGACCGAGGAAUGGAUCAGGAACAAGGCCCAGCUGAGCAACGUCAGAUCGGAUGAAGUGGAGUCUUUGUCGCUGCAGGGAACCUACAGUGACAAAAUUAUGUCUGUUGGGGAUGCUUUUCUGAAUUUCAAAAGACUGAGGUCUUUAGACUUGUCAAGAAAUUCCAUUGUCAAUCUUGGGGGUUUGGAGUGUUUGCAUUCACUGGAAAAAUUAAACUUGUAUUAUAACAAUGUGCCAUCUUCGAAAGAAAUUUCCAGUUUGCGACACCUAAUCAAUUUAAAAGAGCUUGAUUUACGGCUAAAUCCAAUUACCAGGAAUGAAGAGAAUUAUAGACAGUAUGUAAUACACCUGUUGCCAAACUUGAAGAAAUUGGAUGACAGACCCGUUCGGGAUAGUGAGCGAAAAAGUGCCCAAAUUCACUUCAUUUCACAAGAGCAAAAUGGGACAUCAGAACUAGAUAAAGCAGAUGAGAGUGACCAUAUAAAGAAGAACACAUAUGAUAAAGGUGAUCAGGAUUCCAUGAAUCCAUCAAUGAAAUAUAAGUGGGAUGCUGCAUCAAACAUUAAAACUGAUUUGAAGGAAAGAUGGGCACCUCAUGACUUUCAGAUGAUGAAUGAGCAUCGAGAAGCUGCUUGCAGUCGGCCUCCAUUAUCAGCUCUUUAUUCUACAAGGGAUGUGAAGGACACCAGAGAAAAUGACGUGUCUAGCAAGAUGAGUUUAGACCCUAUGGAAUCAGAACAUUUGAGAAGUGGACAGCAUCACGGUUAUCUCAGUGAAGAUGAUUACAGAACUUAUCAGACACCAGGCCGAUCCUCUUUGCGUUCUAUUGGGAAGAAUGUUUGUAAUCGUCCAAGGGAAGGAUUCAGAGUAACAUUUUCAGAUAAAAUAUUGGAUUUGUGUACAGAUGAGAAGAAUUGCCAGAAAAAUUCUAUUAAUUCAGAAUAUGACCAUUCUUCAAGCUAUAGCAAAAAGGAAAGAAAUGUUAUGGAUUAUACAGAUCCUACUGUAAUGAAAGAUACUUCUUCAAACUUUGAAACGAGUAGUAUAUUACCGCGUGACUAUCACAAACAAUCAUAUGCAGAUACAAAGACUUAUCAGUCCACUUUGGAGUCUCAGAAUUCGUACUUAAACCAUCAGACGGACAGAGCAAAUAUUGGAAUGAGUAGUGACAGAUUAUUUAAAUUGAAUUCAGACUUGAAAACGGGUAGCGCAUAUGGAAGCAGUAAAAGUACCCUAAUAGAUGAUAGUGCCAGCAGUCACAGAUCAAGAAUGCCUUCUAUUAGCCUGAUGCCACAUCAUGGAACUUCAUCUUCUGACCACCUAGUUGAUCGACAAAAUUUAAUAUCACCCAGCAGUUCUCUUACAUCCCUUUAUUCUGUUGGCUCAAAGAGAGGCUUUACUGAGCAAAUGAAUACGGAACUUAUGGCCAGUAAAAGCUCAGAAAGACAAUCUCAACUAACUACAGCCAAUAUGGAAAACUUUGAGUCAAAAUUAGAUGCAAAGAAAACAAGCAGUUUAAAUUCAUUGUUGUACAACCCACCGAGUUAUGAUAGAAAGGGAACUCUGGAUAAAUUGCUCGAAGUAGAUGAGUGUGGUGAUUAUCGUUCUCGAACUCCAGUAGGGCUGGGUUCUAAUAUCUCUGUGACUGCUUCCUCCCUCUUGCAUAACUUACUUGAUCUGGUGGACCGAUACUGGAAUGGUUCAAGAUCCCUUCACACAAAUCAGAGGUUUCUUAGUCCUGCUCAUGAACUACUAUCUAAUGUGCUGAACUCGAUGUCCAUUUCAAAAAUUCAAAGCCUAGAAAAAAAGGUUAAAGCAUUAGCUGAAGAGAACAAAUCUUUGCUAACCAGAACAGGCUCUGGUCUAGACACGGCAGAGUUAUAUCGUGUAAAACAACAAUUGACUCAGAAACAAGAUGAUUUGGAAUCAUUAAAAGGAAGGUUAGCAAAAGUACAGGAUGAAAACAAUAAGCUACGCUCUCAGUUAACAAGCUUGGAACUUGCGAAUUGUGCUGGAAAUCAACUACAGAACAAGGAUCUGCAGAAAGACAAUGAAAGACUAAAUUUGGAGGUGGAAUAUUUGAAUCAGCAAAUUAAACAAUACAACAAACUACAGGAAACUGUCACGAUGUUGCAAGAGAGUCAUAGGUCUCUAAUAUCCACCAAUAAUUACUUACAAGAGCAGCUGAACAUAAGUCCUGUAGGCCAAAGGACAGACAUGUCACAUCAUCUUGGUUCUCAUCGGACAAAAACGUGGAGCAAACUGUCUACCUCAGGAAUCUCAGAACUACCCUUAUCCAAAUGUAGUCAUCACAGUAAUACAGAUAUACUGUAAUAAAAGUGCUGUAUAUUACAGUAAAUCAAAAAUGACUAAUUCUAAUUAAAUUAGUGCCUUUUGGAAAUUGUACAAUGGCUAAUAUUAAGUUAUUUUUAGUCCAAGAAUCUCUUAUUUAGUCAAAAAUUUGAGUUGGUCAGCAAUAAAUAUGUUGUAUUAAUACUGGACCACUGGGAAUAAGUACUUUGUAUUGUUAAAUAGAAGAUUAACAUGGAAUUCAUUUGUCUUGGGGAUGGGACGUGUGUUAAAAAUCUAUUUUUUUAAUCAGAUGUAUCAUGUGUGAGUUUUGCAAUAAUCCUGAUAUUUAUAUUUACAUCUGAAUUUAUUUUCAUGCAUAAUAGUUGCUUAAUGUUUUUAACUGCAACAAAUUAGAGAGAAAAAAUAUUUUAUUAGUCAGCCAAAUAUAGUUAUUUUUUACUUAUUUAAUGGCCUGACAUUAAAUUAAUUUGAUUUAAUGAUGCUUACAAACCAAACCCUCAGCCCUAUAUGCAAAUUGUUUGCGAUGGGUGAGAAAUUGGCAACUCACUUCCAUAGUUGUUUCUGUCUGGUUUGCUAAAAUAGACACAUUUAAGUGCACAUGAAUAAAUCUAGUUACCAAUUAUGUCUACCAUAUGAUAUAAAGAAGUACGAUUUACAUCUAAUUGUACUCCAAAUAGUACAAUAGUAUCCUAAAUUGUCUAUAGAGUUAAAAAUAAUAUUCAUAUAGUUGAAAACAUGCAACUAAUGUCAACUGAGGGAAACCAAAAGAUGGAAUCAGUAGAUAGGCCAGUCAGGAUCAUCACCUGAAUCAUUAACACUUCCUACUUUCCAACAGUGCUGCCCAAUCAUUUUAGAUUUACACCAUCUGAGAAAAGAAUUGAAGCAUAAAACUGCAGAAGCUGAAAAUCAAAAAUAAAAAAUAUAUAGAAAUGCUCAAUAAGAGAAAUAACAAAUAUAGGAAACGUUUAGCAGGGGUCACAAUAUCUGUGGGGAGAGAAACAGAGUUAAUGCUUUAAGGAAAUUAAUUUUCUUCCGUUCUAAAAAGUCAUAGAACUGAAAUUUCUAAACACCUGUUUUCACUUUUUUAUUAUGGGGUAUUGUGUGUAGAUUGAUGAUUAAAAAAAAGAAUUUAAUUCAUUUUAGAAUAAGGCUGUAACGUAACAAAAUAUGGAAACAAUGAAGGAGUCUGAAUACUUUCUGAAUGCACUGUAUGCGAUAUCACACAGGGUUCAUUCUGGGACCAUUACUUUGCUGAUUAAAUUAAACAGAUUUAAUGAUUGGAAAAAGAUCUAAAAGUAAUGUGGAAAAUGUAGUACUAAAUUUUUGUGGAACUAGAUUGUGCAAACUGAAAAUUAGAUGGAACCAGAUUCAGUAGUUCCUUGCAAAAAGGAAUUGGAUAAAUACUUUAACUCAGAAAAUUAUUAGGUCUACUGGGGGAUGAAGAAGUGGAUUUAGUUGAGUGGUCUUGCACUUAAUUAACUCCUUCGUGUUGUAUCAUUCUUGUGUGAAAACUGCAGAAACUACGGUAAUGUUAAAAAAAAAUCGAAUCUAGUAUGAGGCAUCUUGGUUAUCAUGGACGCAUUGGGCCAAAGGGCAUGUUUACAUACUGUAUUACUCUAAUCCCUUGAUUGCACUGCACAGGAAAAGUGCCUCCAUUUGUCAUUUUUUAUCUUUUUGUGCCUGUCCUUAUUUUAUAGUUGCACAAGAUUUUAGCUGAAUACCUUGCUUUUACUGCUGACCAUACUGCUUCAGGUAAUAAUGUAAUAAUAGAGCAUCCCAUCUCACUAGGCAGUCCACUUUUUAUUUCCUCAUCCUUCAAAUAAAAGGUGUUCUACAAUGUUUAUACUGAUCCUGACAGCAAAUUUAUUUUUCAAAAUUAAUGUUUAAACAGAUGAGUGCUUUCACGUUAAACUUCUAGUUACUUGCCCCAUGCUCAAGAAUUUUAACUUUUGCUCUAUAGUACCCUUUGUUGUGAUUUGCAUGUUUUUGGGAUUUUUUUUGGUGGUACGGGUAGAUCUGCUUUGUAGUCAAUGUGAAUUGAAUUAUUGUAUUCAUUAGCACGGAGAAAUAGCUGAAUCAGCAUCAAGCACUUAAAGCUCAAGUGGAUCGUGCUCGGCUGUAGAGUAAUGAUUCUUCUGUUUUGAGUGCGCUACCUCAAAUAUUUUGUAGUAGUAUGACAUGUUCCCCAGCAUUCAUUUUGCAAAAGAAUGAACCAAGUGCCCUUUUCCCCCCAAUGAAGGGCCCCAGGAAAUAACCAAGACUACCAUACGCUCUAGGUUCCUUUAAUUCAAUCCCUUUACACUCAGUGACAAUAUCAUUGUUACACCUGUAUGUUUCAAUAGCCCGGGAGUCUCCAAUGAGCUUCAAUUUAAUUAGCAUAAAUACUGUGGCUACAAAAUUAAUUUUACACAAAUGAUGUUCAAUGACAGUUUUAAAAUGUUUGAACAGGACAAAUUAAAUAUCAGAAUGUUUAAAUAUGAAAUGUAAUGUUUUAUGCACUUUUCUGUAAGAGAUAAAUGUAAUUUAUGCAAAUUUCUCAAGCAUAAUUUUGAAACACAAUUUAUUAAGAUUGCCAUGCUUAUGAAAUCAAAUUGUGAUAGAUUAAUAUAUUUUACAAAAUAAAAAAAUAUUUUGCUU